AUGAGCUCCAAUAACCUGUUCGACACGCAGUUUGUGGUCAAGGCGAUCGACCCGGACGGCAAGCGUUUUGAUCGCGUGUCGCGCAUUAUUGCCAACUCGCCGACCCUCGACAUGAACCUCUCGCUCGAUAUCAUGACCGAAGUUUACCCCGUGCACGUCGGCCAGCAGCUCACGUUUCAGCUGGUCAACUCGCUGCGCCGCGACAAAGGGGAUACCGAGGCAGACGCCGCUGCAGACCACGACGCAUGGCGCAACGACCAGGUCGGACGCAACGACCUCUCCAGCGACUUUGACUAUGUCAUGUAUGGCAAGGUAUUCAAGUAUGACGAGCGCAGCACCGAGCAGGUCACGGUGUAUGCCUCGUUUGGUGGCCUGCUGAUGGCGCUCACCGGCUCUUUCCGUCACCUGAGCAAGAUUACGGUCGGCGCAAACGUGUACCUUCUCGUGCGUUAG